GAUCAGCAGAGCGAAGGGCGGGGUGAUGCUUGGGCCUGCGGGGCUUCCGUAGGUCCUCCGGGUCGCCAUGGAGAUGAGCGCGCGCUGCGUUGCUAGGAGACGGGGAGACACACGUGCGCGCGAAGCAGGUGCUGACAUUUCCUCUCGCACGGCUUUUCCCUGGCUGCAAAAAUGUCGUCCAGGAAUCCAAGUUUGUUUCCCAAGAGUUUUAUCAGUUCCUUAAACCAAACGGAUUACAGCCAAUGGGAAAGGGAAGAGGUGCCAAGAAGGCCCAAAUUAAGAUUACUCCUGCCACCCCCGUUGCCUCCAGGGAUGAAGAAGGAGGGAAACAAAUUCCUGCAGAAAAUACAACCCAAGAAAUCAGAGGAGCGAAAGGUCUGGAGCGUGGCCCUGAAGGCCACCCCGUCCAUGAGGCACAAGGUGGGGUGGCACCAAGCCCUGACCGAAGAAAUGGCCAAGGCCAACAUCAAAAUUCUGCAGCGGCUUUCGAAGAGCAAGACGGCCAGCCUGGAAGAAUUGAGGCGCCAUUCCGUGGUGCUCCUGGAGAAGAAUAAGGACCUGAUGGAGACCAUCCAGGAGACGGAAACGGAUUCGGCCAACCAGGCCAGGUCCCUCCUGCAGCAGUACGACAUGUUUGGGCGGAUCAUCGCCACUCUCCGAGACUCCAAUCAGAACCAAGUGGGCGUCGCCAAAGCAGAGCUCAACGCCGCGGAGAAGGAAGUGGAGAAGAAAAUGGCGAAAAUGGACCAGGAGCUGAAACGGGUCGGCACCAAAGUCCACACCAUGCAGGAAGAGGUCAACGUCUUGCGGAGCUACAUGGACAAGGAGUACCCGCUGAAGGCGGUCCAGAUCGCCUCCCUGCUCCGCAGCAUCCGGAACCUGAAUGAGGAGCAACAGUACGAAUUGGAAGACACUGAAGAUCUGGCCAGGCGCUUCCUGGACACCUUAGCGGGAAAAGCCAGGGACGAACAGGAGCGCAUUCUGCGGUCUGUGGCCGAUAAGACGCUGCUUCAGUAUCAGGACGGUCUGGAGCAGAUGCACCGGAACAACAAGGAAUUGAGAAGACAGAUAGACGUGCAAAAGGAGGUGAUUGACGACCUGGUGAAAGAAGUGACGGAGCUGCACGAGAGCAUCAUUUACCUGCACCACGCCCUGGGGGACCCCUACGACAUCAUUUUCCCGGACAUCCUUCUGCGCCGGCCCAAAUGCACCCCAGACAUGGACGUCGUUCUGAACAUCCCGACCGAUGAGGAUUUCCCCUUGUAGUCGCCGGAAAGGAAGUGGGGAAGGACACGUCUGCCAAAACCUGCUUGGGCUCCGUUGUCGGUUGGGUUUGACUGUGUUUGGCCGAGAUUGGGUGCCGCCUCCUGGCCAGAGCCUAGCCAGGCUAAAUCUUGCAGCUGCCUUUAAAUUUCCUCAAUCAAAUAUAUUGGGGUUUUCUUUUCCUCUAUUAAAUGCAGUCCUUAUUUGA